ACGAUUAUGAAAGCUGUAUCGCUUCCCAUCAGGGACCCUCCUGCGUUCCGCGGCUUCUUGCACAAUCCCGGUUGGGGUUACCGUUUUGCACGGGUAUAUCCGUGGGUUUGUGUUCUAGUAACGGUGCGCUGUCUGCGAAGGAGGAAAUAGUUUAACAACAAUACAAAAUGGCCGUUCGCACCGUUCCCGGCGUUUCGAUUCUGGCGCCCGUCUCAGCGGAGCAUGCUGCUAUCCUGACUCCGGAGGCUCAGGAGUUCGUCGCGACCCUGCACCGUGUAUUCAACCCCCGUCGUAAGGAGCUGCUGAAGCGCCGUGAUGAGCGCCAGAAGGAGCUGGACGCUGGCAGGAUGCCGGACUUCCUGCCGGAGACCGCUGCCGUGCGCGCUUCGCCCGCUUGGCGCUGCGCCCCGCCUGCGCCCGGCCUGGUUGACCGCCGUGUGGAGAUCACCGGCCCCGUCGACCGCAAGAUGGUCAUCAACGCGCUGAACUCUGGCGCCACCCAGUACAUGGCUGACUUCGAGGACUCGCACGCCCCCACCUGGGCCAACAACCUGGACGGCCACGUGAACCUGGGCGACGCCAUCCGCCGCACCAUCAGCUACACCGGCCCCAACGGCAAGCAGUACAAGCUGCGCACCGACGGCAAGCUGGCCACCCUGCUGGUCCGCCCCCGCGGCUGGCACCUGGAGGAGGCUCACUUCCUGGUGGACGGUGAGAACUGCUCUGGCUCGCUGUUCGACUUCGGCCUGUUCUUCUUCCACAACGCUCGCGCCUGCCUGGACGUGGGUCUGGGCCCCUACUUCUACCUGCCCAAGAUGGAGAGCCACCUGGAGGCCAGGCUGUGGAACGACGUCUUCAACGCCGCCCAGGACAUGAUCCGCCUGCCCCGCGGCACCAUCCGCGCCACCGUGCUGAUUGAGACGCUGCUGGCGUCCUUCGAGAUGGAGGAGAUCCUGUUCGAGCUGCGCGACCACUCGGCCGGCCUGAACUGCGGUCGCUGGGACUACAUCUUCUCCUUCAUCAAGAAGCUGCGCAACCACAAGCAGUUCCUGCUGCCCGACCGCGCCUCCGUCACCAUGACCUCGCCCUUCAUGGACGCCUACGUGCGCCUGCUCAUCAAGACCUGCCACAAGCGUGGUGUGCACGCCAUGGGUGGCAUGGCUGCUCAGAUCCCCAUCAAGGACGACCCCGCUGCCAACGCCGCCGCCAUUGCCAAGGUGCGCGCCGACAAGUACCGCGAGGUGACUGCCGGCCAUGACGGCACCUGGGUGGCGCACCCCGCGCUGGUGCCCAUCGCCAUGGAGAUCUUCAACAAGCACAUGCCCCAGCCCAACCAGCUGCACGUGCGCCGCGAGGACGUCAACGUGACCGCCGCCGACCUGCUCAACGUGCUGGGCGGCAAGCUGCUGGCGGACGCCGGCAUCACCGAGAAGGGCCUCCGCGACAGCAUCUUUGUGGGCCUGGCCUACAUGGAGAGCUGGCUGGCGGGUGUGGGCUGCGUGCCCAUCCACAACCUGAUGGAGGACGCGGCCACCGCCGAGAUUAGCCGCUCGCAGCUGUGGCAGUGGGUGCGCCACGGCGCCCGCACCACCGCGGGCACUGAGAUCACCGCUGCCUACGUGAUGAAGCUGCUGCAGGAGGAGCUGGACACGCUGAAGGCCAAGAUGGGCGCUGAGAAGUUUGCCCGCUCCAAGUACUCCCUGGCUGCCAAGCUGUUCUCCAGCACCAUCACUGGCGGCCCCUACAGCGACUUCCUCACCACCCUCUGCUACGACCACAUUGUCAGCAAGCCCGCCGCGCGCAUGUAAGCGGCCACAGCUAUGUGGCGGCAUUUGCGGCUUCAAGCUAUAGCGGUUGUUGACGACUAUGCACUGGAACCGCAAAGACAGCGUUGCGUAAGGAGCUGGAGGUUGGGAUGCGUUGGGCAGAGCCGGAUGAGGCUGCUGCGGAGUUUUUGUUUGGACCAGCCGCAGCUGGUUGAAUGGAGGUGAAUAUUGAAUAAACGCUUUUGCGUUCUUCGUUGGACGAUGGUGAAAGGGAAGGGGUGUACGACCUGUAAAGGGUGGGCCUUCCGCACCUCGUCACGUGAUAUGUUGGUUCCCUGGCGCCGCCUCUCAGUGGAAACGGGUUGGCCUGGUUGGCAGUCAAGGAAUGUUUUGUUUGACGGAUAUUUUUGGGGGAGUCUUUUCGAGAAGCUCAUCUCUUUACCCGGAGUAUGUAGCGGAUCCCUGCCCUCACGAUGUACUUGUGCAACUGAGCUUUUCCGUUGGUGUUCGGCUUGUGUAGUAGUAAUAAUGUUGGUGCUACCCUUCCGUGCACGGAUCUUUGCCUAUCAGGCUUGUUACGGCGACCCUUGUAAGGCUUGCAUCGUAUA